CUUCCCAACCCUCAAACUAUUCACAAGCUGAAUAGCUAACACUCCUAACCGUUUCACUCAUCUUCUAUAAGCUGCAAUUGCUAAUAUUUUGUCCUCUGCAGUUUACUCCCUUCAUCUGUGUCAUCUCGCCGACACAGUUCUUUCACCUCCCUUCAAGCAAAUCCCACCGCCGCUUGUUGCGAGGCUUCUUUCACCUUGAUCACAUAUCAACGUUCUUUCUCGUCUCCGCCUUACCCCUUUCUAGAGAACUCAGUCAAUUAAUCAUAUCUAGAGGAUCCAGUCUCUGAAGAUGUCGGCAGAAGCUGCGACCGCCGCAACUACUGCGGAUACCAAACCCGCCGAAACUCCCUCCGCGACUACAGAAGCCACCACCGAGGCCGCCCCAGCAGAGAAAACCACUGCUCCGAGUGAUCAAGUGGAUGGCAGUGGAGAGCAGCCAGGCAAUGGAGCCCCUCUACAAGAAGUCGAAUACAAGGUCGAGGUCAAGCUUGCGGAUCUGCAGGCCGACCCCAACAACCCACUGUUCUCCGCGACCAGCUUUGAACAGUUGCAGCUCACACCGGAGCUCCUGAAAGGAAUUCACCAAAUGAACUUCCGCAAACCGUCAAAGAUUCAAGAGAAGGCCCUUCCAUUGCUUCUCCUCAACCCACCCGUCAACAUGAUCGCCCAGUCGCAAUCGGGUACCGGAAAGACAGCAGCCUUUUCCCUCAACAUUCUGUCCCGAAUUGACUUGAGCAUCGUUGCUCCGCAAGCUUUGGUCCUCGCACCGAGCCGAGAGCUUGCGCGCCAGAUCCUGGGUGUCAUCUCGCACAUGGGUCAGUUCAUGGACGGCCUUGUUGCUAUGCCUGCGAUUCCCGAUCCCACCAAGCGAAACCAAAAGUACGAUGCUCACGUCCUGGUCGGAACCCCGGGAACCGUCAUGGAUAUGGUCCGGAGGAGAUACAUCGACCCCAAACACCUCAAGAUUCUCGUACUCGAUGAGGCCGACAAUAUGCUUGACCAACAAGGCCUUGGUGAGCAGUGCAAUCGUGUGAAGGCGCUCGUGCCAAAGAAUAUCCAAACAGUUCUGUUCUCUGCAACCUUCCCGCCACAAGUCAUCAACUAUGCAACCAGAUUUGCGCCUAAUGCCAACACCCUCACUCUCGCCCACGACGAGCUCACAAUCGAUGGAAUCAAGCAGCUGUACAUUGAUAUCAAUGAGGACUCGGAUAAGUUCUCCACGUUGUUGAAAUUCUACGGCUUGAUGACCCAAGCUUCCUCCAUCAUCUUCGUUCGAACUCGUAGAACAGCCGAGGAUAUCGAGAAGCGAAUGAUUGCGGAGGGACACAAGGUAGCCCAACUGAGUGGAGCUCUAGACGGACCUGAGCGUGACCGCAUCAUCGACCUUUUCAGAAGUGGUGAGGCCAAGGUCCUCAUUACCACCAACGUCCUCGCCCGUGGUAUCGACGUGCAGUCUGUUACCAUGGUCAUCAACUAUGACGUUCCCACCAUGGCCGACGGCAGGACCCCAGACCCCGAGACCUAUCUUCACCGUAUUGGUCGUACCGGACGAUUCGGACGUGUCGGUGUUGCCCUCACAUUCGUCCACGACCGAGCCAGCUGGCAGCAACUCAACGACAUUGCAGAGUACUUCAAGACCAGCCUUUUCCCCAUCGACACCAGCGACUGGGACGCCGUUGAGGAGAUGAUCCAGAAGAUCAUCAGGAGCUCUCGUGCCGGAAAGACUACGGAGGAGAUGACGCAGUGAGAUGGUGCCACCAAUACUUGUGCGGGAGGUCGCCUGUUGCCAAUCCUUCUUGUGAACGGUUAACGGAACGAGUCUCUGCUUCUGAAUGGGACUUUACCCAUCAAGUGUUUAUCGGUGACCCUUGAGGAGCGGCGGAGGACACUCAUGGCCACACCAUAUAUUUCCCACUAUCAAGGGGGAAUGAUGUAGGAUUGAAGUAAAUUAGACACGCUGAGACAUUCAGCACAAAGCAUAUCCGAGAGAAAAGAGAAAACAAAAAAAUGAAACACUCUGAGAUACCC